CGGAGAAGUGACAAAAACAAAGCCAAUUAAUGAGGAGAAAUGCAUAACUUAACGUGUGAUAACCGAGAGAAACCUGCCAUAGCUCCACCCGUGUUUGUGUUCCAGAAAGAUAAAGCACAGAAGAGAUCAGCUGAGGGUUCCAGCCCAGAAGGUGGAGAAGAUUCAGACAAGGAUGAUGGCAGUUACUGUCCCCCUGUGAAAAGAGAGAGAGCGUCAUCUCUAACGCAGUUUCCCCCCUCACAUUCAGUAUCAAAGAACAAUGUGUUUAUGCCCUCGAGUUUCUGCCAGUCCCCAACAGGAAACUCUGACUCGGAACCUGAGGAGAAGACUGUUGGGUUUCGUCUGAAACCGCCUACCUUGAUCCAUGGCCAGGCACCAAGUACAGGUGUCCCAAACCAGAAGCCUAAGGAGCAGCAUCGCAGUGUCCUUCGCCCAGCACUCUUGCAGGCCCCACAGCCCAAGGCUUUCUCACAAUCUAGUUCCAGCAGUGGAACCAAUGGUGUAAAAAAGCCCCCAGAUUCCUCAUCUGAAGGUUUGUCUGCAUCCCAGAAUAACACUGAGGCCUCAGAAAGUGCAACAGAGGAGGCAUCAGGAACCGCAGAGAACGAAAAGGAUGCGGCUGGCAUGAGCAGCACCAACGAGGAUCAGGCAGAGGAGAAGCAGCAGCCAGCUGAAUCGGACUUUGUGUUUGGGCAGAAUGUGGAAGAACGAGCAAAGGUUGAAAGCGGAGCUACCUCUGUAAAUACAGGUGGUGGUUCCUCUGGUUCUAAAACAGCGUCGGGAGCAACAAACUACUUCCUGCAUUACAGCAGCACCUCCAGCUCGCUGGGUCCUGCAAACAACAAAGACACAGAAGCAAAGUUUGUUUUUGGACAGAACAUGUACGAGAGAGUAUUGAGUCCCCCGAAGAGCAGUGACUCGGUUACGGAGGGUAACAAGGAGAGUGCUGCUGGAUCGACCUCGGAGCCUUCCUCACUGGACGCCACUCCAGAGAAGCCUAGCAGUGCUGUGAUCGAGUCUUUGGAAGAGUCGGCAGCAGCUUACACCAAGGCGACAGCAAAGAAGUGUUUGUUGGAGAAGGUCGAGGUCAUAACAGGAGAGGAGGCGGAGAGCAACGUGCUGCAGAUCCAAUGCAAGCUGUUUGUUUUUGACAAGAUCACCCAGACCUGGGUGGAAAGAGGCAGAGGGCUGCUGAGAUUAAAUGAUAUGGCAUCUACAGAGGAUGGGACUUUACAAUCAAGAUUGGUUAUGCGGACACAGGGCAGCCUGAGACUAAUUCUCAACACCAAGCUUUGGUCUCAGAUGCAAAUCGACAAAGCCAGUGAAAAGAGCAUUCGAAUCACAGCCAUGGACACAGAGGACCAGGGGGUGAAGGUCUUUCUGAUAUCGGCAAGCUCGAACGACACGGGCCAGCUGUAUGCAGCCCUGCACCACCGAAUCCAGGCGCUGAGGAGCCGGGCGGAGCAGGAGCAGGAAACCAAGAGCAUUCCGGCUGAGCCCGAAGUGCCCCAGUCUAACGAGGAGGACAGCGACGAGGAUGAAAUCCUCGCCCCGGCGGGCUCCGCCACAGCCAGCGGUUCUACAGAUCCAGGAGAAUCCCAGGCUACCGGAAGCACAUAGCGCCCCCUUCACCAGUCUGCUUGCAAGCAAAACUACGAAGACUUUACGGCUUUGGUUUGGGACUUGGAAGCUCAUCAUAUUGAUGAGUGAGAGAGGCGACGCGGUUUCCUCCUCUCCAGUAGACAUGGCACAUUUAAGACUACAGUUUUAAAACGGGACCUUUAUAUUCAGUGCAAACCUCUGGGAUUUCCAAGAGGGCUUUUAAGUUUUUCUAGGAAUCUAGUCUCCUGACUAGCAGCUUGUACACACAAUUGGGACUCUCUCUUUUUGUUUUUCUUUGUUACUCCUUUGUUAAAGGUUCUAAUAUUCCGUCCCAUUGUCUGCGGAAUCAGUCUCUCCACUGAACUGCAUACAGACACACACUAGCCACCGCUGUCUGUCUGUCAGACAGUUCAGUUGGCAGCAGUAGAAAUAUACCCUGUCUUAUGUCCUGUUACAUACAAGUGUGCUCUGCUCUGAUGGGUCUACCACAGAGGUUUAGCAUAAAUGACUCCAGAAAAAAAAAAAAAAAAAAAGUUUACAAAAGCUCGAGACUGGUAUCCAAUAGCUGAGUUUUUGAUUGUGUGUGUGUGUGUGUGUGUGUGUUUUUUAAGAAACAAAUUCUCGAAACUAAAGCAUUCUACAACGUACAAUUCUGUUUCCAAUUGUUUUGGGGGUUUGUAUUGUAUUAUUCAUUUUUUUUUUUUUUUUUUGUUCAUUUCUUUGGAUAAUAAACUCUGGAAUGAUAAGAGUUUUUGAAAGAGAAAAAAAAAGGUUUUUUGUACACUUCUAUUGUAAUUGUAUUUGCUUUCUCAGAAGGGCAGAUAGACUUGACUUGAAGGAUCAACAGGCUAGUGUAUCAAAUUCCACAAAUCUCCAAACUCAAAAGUUUGGUGCAAUCUGUGACUCCUGUAUCAAAAAGCCUUGCAACAUUAUGCUAAUAUUAUUAAAAACAUUGUAAACCUGUAGCUGGCAGUUCAUGAAGGUCUGUUGCAGAACCUCAGAAGUUGAUUAUGCUUUCUAUGCAAACAGCAGGAUUGUUGAGCUCUCUGAUGCAAAUUUGAAAAGGAACCCGGUGUUAACCACAUUUAAGAGCAGUCAAAAGAGCUGCAUCAAAAUGAUUGCCCUGUACCAUCGGCAUCGUCACAUGCUUAUGCCUUCUCCUGUCCUUCCGGUGAAAUUGAGCUUAUGUUCCAAAUGUCAACUCUGGGGUGGGAGACUUUUUUUUGUGUGUGUCUUUUUAAAAACAAACGGAGCAGGAAGAUCAGCUGAAUUGAUAAUCUGUUGUCUUACUCCAAAAUCGGUUUGCUUAGUUAAAAAAAAAGAUUUCUCCUGUUAUCCAGUCAAGUUUAGCAGCCCUUUUAACUUUGUGUGUGUCCCUUUGUGUGCUCUUCCUCCUCUUGUACUGCAGGAAGCCUUGGAAUUGGAAAUAUGUGUUAAAAAAACAAACAAACGUCAAGUGUGAUAUAUUGUUUGAAACUAUAAAAAGCCCAAUUAAUAUGUAUAUUCUUGAACAGCGCAGCGCCUUGUCAAAAAUUGAUCCGUUCUCUUUUAUUUUUUUAUAAUUUUACAUUUUUGUAUUUUUCACUGCAUUGUUCCUCUGGGAGUUUUAGUGGUUUGUUUUCCCAUACUGCUAAGUAGCAAAAUGCAUAAGAGCACUUGAGCAGUCGCAGGGUUCACAGAUGAAGGUAUGACCUUUCUCGCCUUGUCCUGGGCAUGUUCGUUCGGCGCUUCUGCCAUGGAUUUGGAUGUGAAGUAAAAUAUAUAUAUAUAUAUAUAUAUAUAUAUAUAUAUAUAUAUAUAUAUAAUUCAAAUACCAAACUGGGAUAGUGUUACGAUGACCAAAUAGCUAAUUUAGGAUCGCAGUAUCAUAUAUAUGUAUAUGCUCUGUUUUACUGGGCUUUCCUAAACCUAGCCCGAGUGAGGAGUAGCAUCUGUGUGUUUGGAUGGGAGGGGAGGUGGGCUGCUGACCUGCUUACCAUCCAGUGUUCUAGCAGGGUGGGACCAAAGUGUAACGAGGGGAAAAGUGAUGCAGGUGGUCACACAGCAAGCGACUUGUGGCUGACAUGGGGUUCAACACCAGGAUCAAAUGGUUAGAAGCUCAUUGCAGUUACCUAGCAGGUUGUAACGUGAAUUCUGUGCAAUUGCAGUACUACCAGCUUUAUAACGCAUUUCUGGAUUCGUCGGGGGUGAAUAUAACACAAUAAUAAAAUCUGGUUACCUGUGACUGAAUACUUUUUUUUUUCUGUUUCAUGCUCUUUUUGUUUCUUUUUUUUUUUGUUUUCUUCUAAUGUCUAAUUUUCCCGAAAGAUCGAUUUGGGAUUAUGAUAAAAAUUUCUGUCUUCUUUUUAGGAAAGGCAACAUUUUAAAGUAAUUUCAGUUCACAUAUUUCAAGGCAUUUGUACAAGUGUAAUUCAGACUAGAUCUGUUUUGGGGGGGUGGGGGAUAAGGAGUAUGUCAUUGCAAAAAUGCAUUUUGAGCCCUGUCUAGCUGGAUCAAGGUGGAGCCUGGAAGAGCUAAAGACCUGUUAAUUUCUGCUUUCAGCUUUAGUACAAAAACAAAAAAAAGAAAUAUAUAAUAAAAAUAAUUUGAAAAGAAAAAAGGAAGUGAAAAAUAUCACUUGUGUUUCAAGAAGGUUGAUGUAAGAUUUGUCAUAUCAAAUGUAUCUGAGAAUUACAUUAAAACUUUAACAGAAA